CAGUUCAGUUCUGUAAGUGCGACUGUACGUACACCGAUUACUUCAGUCCAGUGCUAGUGUAGUGCAUGUGUUACUUUGACAACGCAGUUGUGGUUUAUUUCUUGGAUACGAUUCUGAUGGUCUGAUAUCAAAUGAUGGUGGCAGAGUUCAUCACUCGACAGAGUGGGUCACCCAUCAACGGGGAAACACCAUACAGUCACAGUGCUCCAGGGAGCCAUAGUAGCAACAGCAACAGCAGCUCCGGGAGUCUGCAGACGUCCCAACCCUCCAACCAGUACUGCUCUGCAGAUCACCUCUUCAACACGGACCAUGACAAUAACAGUACGGAGACCAACUACCCAGCAGGCUUCGACAUCGCCUCACAACUUCAGAGGAAGGAGCUUUUCUCCCAAAGGAAACAGCGGGAAUUCAUACCCGACAAUAAGAAAGACGAGAGCUACUGGGACAGGAGAAGAAGAAACAACGAGGCUGCCAAACGCUCCAGAGAAAAGAGAAGGUUUAACGAUAUGAUCUUAGAGCAGAGAGUAGUCGAGUUGAGCAAAGAAAACCAUCUUCUCAAAGCUCAGUUAGCGGCUAUAAAAGAUAAGUUCGGAAUAAACGGAGAGAAUGUGGUCAGUGUGGAACAAGUCAUGGCGACUUUGCCGACAAACGAACAAGUAUUGAAUAUCGCCAAGCGAGCUAAGUUGGCCGGCUGCCCCCCGACAACUGGGCCCCUAAUGUACCCUCCAGACCCGAACCCCAUCCCCACCCCCGUCAUACACAGACCAGUCAACACGCAUACGCCACCAACUCACGGACUCAUCUUCCAACGUGAAAUGCACGAACAAGAUAGUUAUAACGAGCCAGAGCCGUACCCAUACCCGUUCCACCCAGUACUGCCACCCCUUCAUCCACCUGCAUUGGAAGCCGCUGGCAACAGCGUGUUGAAUCUGAGCAGGAGUAGGAGCCGAACGUCCUCACCUUACGAACUAUCCAGUGGUAGCGGAGACGAAGGCUGCGUACCGAUGCAACUGAUGGCACCCAACAAUAGUCUUCCACACAAAUUGCGCCACAAGAGUCAUCUAGGAGACAAGGACGUGGCAGCGACGGCUCUGCUCUCCCUGCAGAACAUCAAGCAGGAGCCAGGGUCUCGCGCCAGUCCGCCUUGGGACGCAGAGGGCAGUAGCGAUGAGAGAGACUCCGGUAUCUCUCUAGGAGCCGAGUGGGGCCGACCUAACACCACACCUCCAUCCACCGAGUCUCCGGACGACUCACACCUCAAGUCUGAGGUCGCCAGGUUAGCAUCCGAGGUCGCAAAUCUCAAGAGCAUCUUAUCGAGGAAGAAACCCGCUCCUCAUACUACUAUUACUGUUAAUUAAUUAUGUUUCUCUCUCCUAUAAAUGAUUUCCAGUGUUUUAUUAUUUAUUGAUUACUUAAGACUCUAUUUUUUAUUUUUUUAACAAAUGUACAGUAUUUAAUUAUUUCUAAGAAUUAAUAUUUUCCAGUCGGAAAUGAAAGUGUACUUUAUGUAUUAAUGUUUUGUAAAUAUCUCAAUUUGAUUUGUAUCUGUUUUGUAUUUAUAUUUGUAGUGUUAAUUUGUUAUUUGUAUGCAAAUUCUUCUUUAAACUGUUUAAAUUAUUGCCAUGGUUGUAAACUAUAUAUGUAAGACCUAUUGUAUAUAUGUUAGAAACGCUAUUUAAUAUUUAAAAUCAGUUGGCGCGAGAUGAGAUUUUGUAUGGUGUAAUUGUACGUUCUGUGAUAGCCUCAUAGUGUGAUCCGGAUCAAUAUUUUUCUAUGGAAUAUACUUUUAGAUUGUAUUAUAAAAUAAAGAAUGUAGAGUAUAAUAUCCUAAAAAUAAACUAUAUCUCUCAAUUGGUGAAGGGGCACUUAAAAAUGUUAACUUAGUCCUAGUCAAACAUUUUAACCAAAAACCUUAAUUAUCUUAACUUUCACUCUUCUGUGAUCAAAAAGUAUCUAAUUUUUUUAUUUUAUUUUGAUGAGUAAAUAUGCUUACCUGGAAUUAAAGAAAUGAAUAGUCUAGUGUUGGAUGAUAGAUUUUCUGCUAACUUUUGCUAAAUUUAUUUAAAGUUAUUAAAUUCAACAUUUUAAAACAUAUCAUUAGUAUCAAUUUGAUUUAUUCUUGCUAAUUUUCAAACAUAGAAAAAAACUCUCCUAAUCAAUGGGGAAAGGUAUAAUUUUAAUAAACCAUUCCAACUUUCUAAAAGAUUGAUCUGCUGUUCAUUCUCACGUUCUAAGUUGAGAACAAAAACUGUUUUAAAAUGUUUGCCUCAUUACUUAAAUUAAGAAUUGAUCAUUCCAGCCCCUUCACCACAACUUAGAUGUAAACCAACAAAAGUGCUCUUAAUUGAAAACAAAAUGGGAUCAGCUUCAAGUAAUAGUUAAUUUAAUUGUCAAAGAAAUCAAUCUAUGGUAAUCCCUAACUAAGAGCAAAAUAAGAGUUUUUUUACAACUAAGAUCGCACGCUAAAAAUAAAAGACGUGAGCCAAUAUUUAAGUAAAUUAACAAUCAAGAACUGAUAUUAAUUAUUAAAGAAAAUACCAUAUUUGUAAUAUAAAAAUCGAAUUUGAAAAAAAUUUUAAAACUCAGGUCAAAUUGGUUUACACGUUUGGUAAAUUAAAUCCUCUUUAAAGGCAAAACCCUAGGAAGUAUAUUAAAUUCUUUAUUUUGGUAAAAAAAAUCUAUAGUUGAUCCAAAUACCUAAGUCUACAAUAAAUCAUUUCAGUGGUUCAAGCGAAGAACCAUUUAAAAUAUAAUUUAUGAUUUUGCAAAGAUCCUAUAGUUGAAGCGAAUUUAAUCAAGAGGCUACCCUUGGUAAAUUUUAAAUUUAGUUACAAGAACACUCAAGUCCAAUGAAAGAUUGUCAAGAACCCAUGUAAACAGCCGAGCCGUGUCUUAAUAUUUCCAUCUCGGACCACCAAAGAGAGUUAAACAUGAUGAUGUUAUAUUAUACCCAGUUUUAAGCAAACAUUUGUAAGUAGUCGGCAUUUUUAUAGCAUUAAUUUUGAAGUUUUACUUUUCAUCUACCCAUAUAUCUAAUGGACUAUACGCUAGUUUGUACAACUGUCUUUUACACACAAUUACAAGACUGUUACAUUAGUUUUGAAAAUUAUAAUGUACGAUACCGAGAUGAAAAUUAUUUUUAUAUUAGACGCUAUAUUUUUUUAAUAAAGUAAAUUACAAUUUUGAUGUUUAGUAAUUCGUGUUUUGUUUUUGCAUUAUAUUUUCAAUAGCUUCUCAUAUGUGCUAAAUACUAAAACGUGUAAGCUUUUUUUAUUUGUGUUUAGUGUGCCUGGAUCUUUUCUGUUAUAGUCGAACAUUCUUUUUGUAUACGGUGAUUUUCAUUGCUUUAAUGUGGUACAGACGGUAAUUAUAAUUGUAUUUGUUACAUGUAUUUAUUUAAUUAAAAACUAUUUUAAUGGUUA